UUUCUCUGCUCCGAGGGACACUGACCUGAGUUCAGAUCACUCUUCGCAGCGACCCGUCUGAACAACACCGUCUACCUGCACAGAAUGAGGGCUGCUGAUUGGCUGUUGAUCGUGGCUUUAAUGCCGCUCGUCACCAUCGCCUAUAAUCCAGAUAUCUGCGGCACCAAACCCAGAGAUCUUCAUCUGGAGCCGCGAUGCGUCUACAGGAGCCCCGAGCCGACCUCUGACCCGACCGCUGACCCCGAGCCGACCUCUGACCCCGACCCCGUUCCCGAGUCAACCAACCCCCGCGUGUGGGAGCUGUCGAAGGCCAACGGUCGCUUCGCCCUGGCGCUGCACAAACAGCUGGCCCUCAGUAAGAGCCCCGAGGAGAACAUCUUCAUGUCUCCCAUCAGCAUCUCCACCGCCUUCGCCAUGACCAAACUGGGAGCCUGCAACGAGACGCUGAGGCAGAUCAUGGAGGUGUUUGAGUUCGACACCAUCAAAGAGAAGACUUCAGAUCAGGUCCACUUCUUCUUUGCGAAGCUGAACUGCCGUCUGUACAGAAAGAAGGACGAGACGACGGCUCUGAUGUCCGCCAACCGUCUGUUCGGAGACAAGAGUCUGGUGUUCGACGAGAUGUACCAGAACAUCAGCGAGGCCAUGUACGGGUCCAAGCUGCUGCCACUCAACUUCAAGGAAAACCCAGAGCAGGCACGGGUCUCCAUCAACAGCUGGAUCGCCAACCAGACGGAGAACCUGAUCCAGGACACGCUGCCCCCGGACGCGCUGGACUCCAACACCAUCCUGGUGCUCGUCAACACCAUCUACUUCAAGGGUGAGUGGAAGAACAAGUUCGACAAAGAAAACGUGUACAAGUCGGACUUCCACGUCAGCGCGAAUCGCAGCUGUCCCGUGAGCCAGAUGUACCAAGAGACCCGCUUCAGGUACAAGUAUUUCCCCGAGGACCAGGUGCAGCUGCUGGAGAUGCCGUACCGAGGAGACGACAUCACCAUGGUGAUCCUCCUGCCCAGCACAGAGACCACGCUGAGCCAGGUGGAGGAGGGUCUGGACCUGAAGAAGCUCACCCACUGGAUGGAUGAGAUGGAGGAGAAGACGGUGGCCGUGCACAUCCCUCGCUUCAGGCUGGAGGAAAGCUUCAGUCUGAAGGAGAAGCUGCAGGCGAUGGGUCUCACUGACCUGUUCAGCGCUGAAAAGGCCAGCCUGCCAGGGAUGUUGGAGGACGGAGGUGAAGGUCUGCACAUCUCAGACGCCUUCCACAAAGCCUUCCUGGAGGUGAACGAGGAGGGCAGCGAGGCGGCAGCGGCUACAGGUGUGGUGGCGGUGGGUCGAUCCAUCAACUUCGACAGAGAGGUGUUCCAGGUGAACAGACCCUUCCUGCUGCUGAUCAGAGAGAAGAGCAUCAACGCUCUGCUGUUCACCGCCAGGGUGGCAGACCCCUGCACCCAGUAACUCAAACCAGGGGCAAAUUAUCAUAUAAUCAUUUAAAACAUAUAGUCUUAUACUCUGAUUGCCUUUUACGCUGUUAAACUGUAUUUUUAGUCUUGGAUGUGUUUAACAGAGACAGAUGUUAAAGGUCACCUAUGAUGCAAAAUCCACUUUUACAUGUCUUUGCUACAUCAACAUGUUUUUCAGGAACAAAGAUUCUCUCUCUUUUUGUCCUGAUCCAUUUCUAUAAAAACCUGUCUGAAAAUGAGCUGAUCAGAUUUUGGCCACUUGAUGAUGUCAUAACGAUGUUUUGUCUUGUGUAACCAUUAGCCAAUCAGCAACCAAGGUAACCCCCCCCACCCCCUCUUAUCACCUGAAUCUCCUCCUAGAGCACCAUUGAGUUCUUUGUAACCAAAUGUCUCUCAGAGGGGCGUGGGGAGGGGCUCCUUAUUUUCAUCUGAAGUAACAGACAGAGAAUCAGCACUUUGGAAACAGGGCUGAAACAGAGGGGAUUAUGGGUAAUGCUGCAAUGAUCUGUUUGGUGUUUCAGCCAAUCAGAGAUAUUUACUUUCUUUAUUACUUUAUUAAAUAUAACAAAAGACAAACUUUGUCCAUGAAUAAUUGAUCAGUUUCUCUUAAGAAUUUCCUCCACAAAUAUCAGAAUAAAUACACGUCUCUUCCCUUUGUUUACUUUGUGAAAUUAACUAAAAUAAAUAAUGACCAAAAGUCUUUCUCUUCUUCUGUGUUUUAAAUGUUAAAUAAAUUCACAUUCUGCAGUUUGGAUCAGCAGCGAGAAGUCUGAGGUCCCUGAUAUCCAAUAAACGAAUACAUGGAGUAUUAAUCAGUGUAAAUACAUUAAAUGACUGUAACAGAACA